GCUUCUACUGCCAGGUGAGCAGAGCUGCGCGUUGCGGCCGACUCGAAGGGAGACAAUCUGUGUGAUUUACACACAGACGAUGAGAGGAAUUAUUUCUACACCUUUCAUUAGAUUGUCCUUCAAAGUGAAGCAUAGAUUCUUUUAGCAUAACAUUAUGAAACAUUCCAUAGAUGGUAUUAGAUCGUCAGAGACGACCUCACUGUAAACAUUGGCCUUCAUGACGGACAGCACCGUAUAUUGGUGCUUUUUAAAUAAAAAUUAAGAACCAUCGAUGAUCCAAGAUCCACAGUUUCCAAAUUCUCUUUUAACAAAAGUAUUUUGGGAUUAUGUAUUUGGUGUGAGCAAGGUGUGGGGUUCUUGUGUGAAAUUUUACAUGGUUUACUGAUAAUUUAUGCAACUAAAAUGUAAUUUAGAACAAGAACAAUGUAUCUUAUUUACACAGACUGAUUUCUAAAUACAUUUAUCAACACAUUACUGGGAGCAUUAUCGCUGUGGCGCUCUGUUAUACACUCAGUCACAUUACUGGGAGUAUUAUUGCUGUGGAGCUCUGUUAUACACUCAGACACAUUACUGGGAGUAUUAUUGCUGUGGAGCUCUGUUAUACAGUCAGACACAUUACUGGGAGUAUUAUUGCUGUGGAGCUCUGUUAUACACUCAGACACAUUACUGGGAGUAUUAUUGCUGUGGAGCUCUGUUAUACAGUCAGACACAUUACUGGGAGUAUUAUUGCUGUGGAGCUCUGUUAUACACUCAGACACAUUACUGGGAGUAUUAUUGCUGUGGAGCUCUGUUAUACACUCAGACACAUUACUGGGAGUAUUAUUGCUGUGGAGCUCUGUUAUACACUCAGACACAUUACUGGGAGUAUUAUUGCUGUGGAGCUCUGUUAUACACUCAGACCCAUUACUGGGAGUAUUAUUGCUGUGGAACUCUGUUAUACACUCAGUCACAUUACUGGGGAUAUUACUGCUGUGGAGCUCUUUUAUACACUCAGACACAUUACUGGGAGUAUUAUUGCUGUGGAGCUCUGUUAUACACUCAGACCCAUUACUGGGAGUAUUAUUGCUGUGGAGCUCUGUUAUACACUCAGACACAUUACUGGGAGUAUUAUUGCUGUGGAGCUCUGUUAUACACUCAGACCCAUUACUGGGAGUAUUAUUGCUGUGGAGCUCUGUUAUACACUCAGACACAUUACUGGGAAUAUUAUUGUUGUGGAGCUCAGUUAUACACUCAGGCACAUUACUGGGAGUAUUAUUGAUGUGGAGCUCUGUUAUACACUCAGUCACAUUAGUGGGAGUAUUAUUGAUGUGGAGCUCUGUUAUACAAUCAGACACAUUACUGGGAGUAUUAUUGCUGUGGAGCUCUGUUAUACACUCAGUCACAUUACUGAGAGUAUUAUUGCUGUGGAGCUCUGUUAUACACUCAGACACAUUACUGGGAAUAUUAUUGCUGUGGAGCUCCGUUAAACACUCAGACACAAUAUGGAGCUCCUAGAAUAUACCCUCAGAAUAUGGAAGAAUUUGGGCUGAAAAUAGGCACUUUCCCUUCUAAAUGGGGACACGUGGGAGGUAGGCUAUUGGGCUCUCAAGAAAACUCAGAAAGGUUUGGGGCGAUUGCUACAGGUUCUACAUACCUCUCAACAUUAUAAAUGGACAAAGAGGGACACUUUACAUUUUAGUGGGAGUGUAGCCAUAGGAUGAGCUGUUCUGAGAUAAUUUAGGUGACUUACUUAUAACAAUUUAUACAGCUAACAUGUAACUUAGAAAUAGAACAAUGUACCUUAUUUACACAGACUGAUUUCUAAAUAAUUUUUUUGUAGUUUAAAGACACAUUACUGUGAACAUUGUUGAACAACAACAUCGAAGCAAGCACUCCCCAAUCCUUCUUUGCUCAACAUCCUUAUGUGCAACAUACUAAGUGUGUACAUUUGUAUUCUUUUCUGUUUUGCGAUGACGUUUUAUGUCUAUCUCAUACUGCAUGGGUUUUUUUUUUGUAUGGUUUUUCUCAAAUACUUCGAUAAAACUGUAACCAUUGAAAAAAAAGAAAACGACAGAUACUGGAUAUCAGCUAUGCUGUGCUUGCUAUCAGUUUACUGACAGUCCUGUCAACACUUUUGUGAAUGGGCUUGUGAGUACAGCUAAGGCUUGGGCUGUUGAUCAAAGCGAGGGAAAGGGAGAGACUUUAACAGAGUGCAAUAAACCCCCCCAAAAUAUCUAGCAUGGGCCGAGUAAGAAAUGCAUCUUCCUCUUCUGAUGUCCUGGACCAAAGUGAUUUUUGCUAAUACAUAAUACCGAUAUAUGCAGCUGUGUGCAGACAGGAGAUGCUUUAUUGAUGAUCAAACGACUUGGAGGAUCCAUUUAAGACAGACAAUAAAAUAAGUCAAUAUAAACACAGAGUUGGCAUGUCCCACCAAGACAGGACUUACCUGGGUGCUCCGACAUGCCCAGCUCAGACAAUAAAACAGGUUUGGCAGUUUUUAUGUAUUCCCAUUGUUUAAACAUAUAGGUUUAUAUAUAUCCUAUAGAAUGUAAGCUCGAUUGAGCAGGGUCCUCUUCAACCUAUUGUUCCUGUAAGUUUAUUUGUAAUUGUCCUAUUUAUAGUUAAAUCCCCUUUCAUAAUAUUGUAAAGCGCUACGGAAUCUGUUGGCGCUAUAUAAAUGGCAAUAAUAAUAAUAAUAAUAUAUAUAUACGUUUUUUCCCCCACUUCAUAUGGCCAAAAAAAUAAGCUUUUUAAAUCAUAACUACUGUCUAUUUGUAUCAUGUGAGUACACACAGAAUUAGGCAGACCCAGAGGUAAUAUUAAUGGGGCACUAACUGGACUAGUGAAUUAGUAAGGCAUUUUUGUGUAGUAUCUGGGUAUUAUUAUAAAAUAAAUGUUGCUUAGUCCCAUUGCAUUUGCUUAUUUAAAAGGAAAUAGAAAACGAUAGCGCGGUGUGGGGAAGCAGGCUGUCCCUGUGUGCUAUGGUGACAGAGACAGCUUUACCCGAUCCUCUUGCACUCCCUCACCCCAUCUGACUGACCGCACCAAGAGGAGCUGAUAUAACCUCACAUAUUUAUUCAGCGUUGAACCAUUUUCAAGCAGAUUAACACUAAAUAAUAGUCACUGGCCACCCACAUCUCUGCCCCUACUGGAGGUGUAACCAAUGCAGAAAUUACAUGCUUCCUUCUAGCUAUACCAAUUCAUACCAGCAAAGGGCCGCGUGAUAGGUUGAACGCGGUCAGCUAACACUCUCAGCCAAUCACAGCUGCCUGUUGCUGCUUUAGGUUAAUACUUCUUUGUUAGUCCAAGUCUAAGAGGGGAUGGACUGCUGAGGACUCUUGUAUAGCAUUAAAUUAUUAAAAACCAGGGGACUCCAGACACUAUAACCACUUUAAAGAGAUAAAGCAGGUACAGUGCCUACAUUGUCCCUUCAAUUAGUUCAAUCUAUAGCUUACUUAUGUGUGUGUGUGCCUGGUUAUGUCCUUUGUGAGGCUAAUAUGAUAUGUGUGAAGUGUCUGAUGUGCUUUGAUUGUAGUGACUAGUUUAAAAAGUGUUAAACACCGUAUGGCUCCAUCUGUGUGAGUCUGAUUAUACUGUUGUAUAUUGCUUCUGCAAAUGUUGAAAAGUAAAUAGAUAUUUUAAAGCUGUGGUUAGACAUGUUUAACUCUACUUCAUUUAUCACAUCAAAAAUCAAAUGGGUUCUUUAAUGUGACCAUUCAAUUGCCAGAUUGGUGUUUUAUCUUAACUGCUAAUGUCUUUAUCCAGUGAAAAGCCAUUUAACUGAGAGUAUGAUCUUAAUUGUCAUAGGAAAGGGGUGUAUUUUAAAACUCCCUCCUUAUCUACUGAUGAGACUACACCUAACAAAUGCUAAUUAGCUACAUUGAUCUGUUUCUAUCCGAUGAACUAUUUUGAUCAGAAUACUUUUCUUUGUAGGGACUCAAAGUACUUUGCACAAUACAACUAGCCGAAGCUGACAAAUAUUAAAUAAUAUCACAGAUUGAAAUCAUUGUAUCUAUGUAAAAAGGUUUAGCUUGCAUAUGUGAGUAUAGAACAUGCAAGUUGGAGGUUAAAAAUGUUACCAUGGCUCUCUGCUGAGGGGUUUAUGAUCGAAACUGGGUAUUAUGGUAAAUUGAAAACUUAAUUAUAAAGUGUAGGCAAAAAUAACCAUGUUUAAAAAAAAAAAAAAAAGCAGGAAUUGGAUUUUUUCCAAUGUAGCUAUUUUGGCUUACAUUUUGCAAUCUAAAUUUUUAUUUCACCAUAAGUCACUGUUUAAUAACUAAUUCCCUGAUUUGUAUAAUUUACUGAUGGGGAAGUUGACCCUGAGACAUGUCAGAAGAUAUUUCUGACUGUGUGAUCACCAUUGCCAUCACCUGACCGUGCGCCAGAGAACUGGGCAACCAUAGAUUGCACUCGGAGGCAAUUAUUGAUAUCGUUUAUUGGUUUGACACCAGCAAAGUCCAAAGUGCUGGAUACUUUGAGUAACGGUGUAGUAACAAUACAAAAUACUGUGACAGACACAGCAGAUUUAGAUAUAGGUGUGUGUUUCCAGGUAGUACGAAAAAUAAACCAAAGGAUUAAUGACAUAAUAAGCUCCAACACAACAGGUUGAUUGGUUUAUUAACAUCUCCAGAACCCAGAGCCAUUAUUCUCCUGUAAUACAUGCUUUGCCAAUACAUUUAUUAUAUUAUCUUUAUUCCAAAGAAGUUUUUAGGCUAGGGUCAGUGUUUUGGAGUUGGAGUUAGAGUUUGUGUAGGGUUUACAGAGAGAUGUUUAAUGGGACAUACAUGUCCUAUUACUGCCUGAAAUUGGUUGAAAUUACAGGCGACUGCUCAAUUUUCUGUCAAUUAUGCAUUAAAUUACUUUGUUUAUGCAGCCACACCUCCCCUGCAUGUGACCAACGCAGUCUCUCUACACACUUCCUGUAAAGAGAGAUCUAAUGUUUAAACUUCCUUUUUCCUGAUUUAUUUAAAAUGCCUUCUAAAUCUUUUGCUCUGUUAAUUGCCUACUAGAGCUUACAGGAGCCUCCUGUGUGUGAUUAAAGUUCAAUUAACAGAGCGGGAGAUAAAAACUUCUAACAUAAACACACUGUGAUGUCACAUCUGAUAGAAAAAAAAAAAAAUUAUGCACACUGUGUGAGUCACAACCCAUGAAGGUGUGGCUAGGGCUUCAUAAACAGAAACAAAAGUGGCUUAAAUCUUAAAUGGCAGAAAAUUGAACAAUGACACCGCAGAGGCAUGAUCUAUGCACCAAAACGGCAUGAUUAAGCUAAAGUUAUUUUGUUGACUAUAGUGUGCCUUUAAGUGGGGAUAACAGCGAUAGAGAACUUCUGUUAAUUUCCUUUAUAAUAACAAUCUCACAUGAAUUGCCUGCCCAGUACAAGACAUAAUUUUGCUCUAACACUGCUCUGAUUAGACAAAAUAUUAUAGUCAAUGGCCCACAUCUACUUGAUCCAUGGCAAUUUUCUACUUUGCAACUUGAUAUUAUUGUGCAUUACGCAUAUAUAUACAUUGUAAACCUGCUAGAUUAGACUUUCUGGUAUUUUAAAUUAGUUGCUAUGAUGCAUAUUGCCCAUAUUUCAAUAAAUGGAUAUGAAGCAAAACACUAUCUUGAGAGAUCACUGAUAUACAAAGAAUAACGGUGAUAUUGGUACUGCUUACAAAUUUAUAUGUCACUGCAAAUAAAGGACCAUGCAUAUAGCAAAGCUGGUGUGAGGUUUGUGCUAUGUCGCAUUUAAUUCACACAUCAAGCAGGUAUUUGCAUGCAUAGCAUGGCCGCUAUGUGCACUGCAAGCAUUGUUCGGGAGGGGAUUAGAAAUCAAAUCUCUCAGGUAUUACAGCAGAGUGCAGAUAGUUCCAAGGUUGGGUCGUGUUCUAAUCACUGAAUUAUUGUAGCACACACGUCAUUGCACAUAAUGACCUGAGCUGCAUCAGACUCGGGAGUGACUUGUAGGCCAAUUCAGUGAUCAAGCCACAUCCCCUCAAAGAAGUAAUUACCCAAUUUACAUCAUCAAGCUUAGCAGAUUUCUAUGAAUCCCAUGGAUCUAAAAGGAGAUUAAAGGGUUAGGGUACCUGAAACUGAGACUGCAACAAAUACAGGGCUGUAGGCAUGGGACAGGCGCUCAGAGGGUUAAACAUUUUUUUUUCUUAUUGACUUUACAAUGAUAUUUUAAAUAAUUCUAUGACGUCACCUAUUUUAACUGCCGUGACCAAAGACAGUAAAUAGAUCAGGCUCAUACAGCUUACAGGGGAUACAUCAACAUGUUAUCUAAUUAUAACUAUAUUUAAACAUAGUCUUAACUAAUCCAAUCUAAUUGGAUAGUUUACAUAAAAUGCUAAUGAACUGGCUGCUGUAUUCUCGAAAUCCAGGUUUCUGUGUUGUGGCUCAUAGUUUUUCUUCAUAUCUAUUCUUCAAAUAAUUGUAUUUAGGCAAAAAUGUUACAUUGUAAAUAAUGUGUCUACUAAGCUUAUAGUUCCACAUCUUGAUUUUCACUCACAUUUUAUUUUAAUCUACCUUGUUACAUCUCAGCCAGUCUGUAUUUAAUGUCUUUCUACCUCUAUUGAUCAAACAAUCACUGGCAAGAUCAGCGUAAGCAUGUUUAAUAUAAAAUACCUGUGCAGUUUCCUCAUGUGCCACAAUGCUUUGAUUUCGCUUAUGUUUUAUUCCGUUUUAUACUGUGGUAUGGGUCUCUACCUGCCAAGUAAUGUCGCAUGUCAACAAACGGAUCGGGGAGAGAAAUGCCAAGUAAUGCUGGAAGUGGAAGACGCAGAGAUUUGGAAUUUUAGUAUCAAUAGACAAUUUAAACGUAUGUUUAUGUUGGUUUCAUAAACUGUCUUAUGUGAGGCAGGCUCCCGGGACCCUACCCAUUGAACAUCCACAAUUCCCAUAUCUAGUUACCCUCUGGACAACUUAGGAAGAAUGAGCAUGACUGCUGCCCGUGCCUAGUGGGCUGGAUUAAAAUAAUGAUACAAAAGUUGACUCACCAGUCAGCAGAGGCAAGGGACAGGAGCAGACUGACUUUGUCCGGGUUUUCCUACCGACUUUCUGCAAGCACAAGAAGCUGUUAGGCUGAUCAAAGGCCUGCUUAGACCCAGUGUGACACCCCUUCAAGGAUGGCUACCCUACCUACGAUUAUGGAACCCUAUCUGGUGAGGCUCCUGCAGGCUUACCAGGCAUCCCACAUGCUGGGGGUGCUGGAGGCCCUGGUGCCUGGAGUAGAUACGACCUCAGGGAAAGUGGAUGGCAUUGCCGUUUCUGGUGGGCAGAGGGCCAGGUGCUUUCGUCGUGCGAUGAGGAACAGUGAUCGGAGGCCGCACCAGAGCCAGGGAGUCGGCAGAAGACUCCCUGCCAGCGACUGGCAGCAGAUCUGGAACAGUGACAUCGCCAGCGGUGGCUGCAGGGCGCAGGAGACGGUCCAGGCGAGGUGGCUCAGGUGAGGCCCAAGAUGGCGGUCCCAGCAAUGGCGGAGGGCCCAAUGGAAGAACGCACAGUCCGCCUUCAGGCCAGAGCUGAAGUGACGUCGUCACGCACGCAACGUGGCAUACGUGCACCGGAAGUUGAUGGCGGAACGCGGGGCGAGUACGGGACAGCAGCGCGAAGACAAGAGCGCCGGUCCCAGGCCUGGGCGCAUCAACCAGAGCAAGAGGUCAGGAGCAUCAGGUACAGACAGCGGUCCGGCUGUACAGGCGGCUGCGGGUCCCCAGCAUCUCCUUCCGAAGUGCCUAGUCUGGAUCGGAGGAGGAGAGGACUACAGUUCCAGUGGUGGUUCCUGAGACUGCUAAUGGUGAGUAUUGAGCCAGCGCGCAGGAAGCGUUGGCGAGUAGAAAGGGGUCAAGUGAGCAUCAGGGGUAUAGUUACAGGCCGGAGCAGGGGGAUGUGAUAUCAGUGCUUAACAGGUUUCCAGAGGGUAUUGCACAGGCUAAGGCGCAGGUUGGUAUCCCUAGUCAGGUGGGAGCGUUUGGUCGUCCCCCCAUGUCAGGCUGCGAGCUGGCGCCUCUAGGGAUGCAUAUUCCCCUGGAGGUCAGAGAUAAAUUACUGAAGGAUGAGUUAGUAGAUGUGUUAACUCUGGUGUCCCCUGACCGGGAAUCCGUGGACAGGCCGCGGCGUGGGAACAUGGUGGAUGGAGAGAAAGGUAAGAUUCCCUGCACCUUUGGAAACUGGCUCCAAAGGUUUAUGGCAUAUGCGAGCAUAGUGUCGCAGAGCUUCCCAGAGAAGGCACUGUUUGGGUAUAUGGAUCAUUUUUGGGGGGCUUUUAAGGUUUAUGGUGGGCAAUGCUGGUUCCGCUACGACCAGCAAUUUCUGCAAAAGAUGACGUUUAGUCAAGGUAUGGACUUUGAGGUGCAGGACGGCAGCUUGUGGCUGCUGUUGAUGACCCCCUCGAGGCCAGCCCCCAUUUCAGGUGGGGCCGGUGCACAGCCCGGUGCGUCGGCAGGAACACGCAAGGUCGUUUGCUGGCUCUUUAACAAGAGCCACUGCAAGUGGUACAGGACUUGCAGUCGAAGACUGAUUAGGCAGGCAGGGGAGCUCAGGUUCAUAUCGGAGUUAUGGAGGGCUUAUAUUGCCCAGAUCGGCUUGUUAGGGAGUAUCUCAGGUUUGGGGACGAGUGGGAGGGCUCCCUUCUGGUUCACCAGGAUGGAACAUCGCUGAGUCAGUUCCAGUUCUCCAGGAUUCUGCAGGUAUGUGUGAGGUGUGUUGGAUUAGAGCUGAGCCAAUACACGUCGCACACCUUCCGCAUAGAGGCGGCAAUUAAGGCGAGUCAGAUGGGUCUCCCCGAGGCUUGAAAAUGAUUGGAGCGGUGGAAAUCGGGCUGGUAUCAGCUAUAUGUGUGCCCGCAUAUGUUAUGAUGGUGUUUAUCGGUUUCCCCUCCCCCUCACCAUUCUCUCUCAGUUUUGUUUGUUAUGUUAUUCUUGGUGGUGGAUGGUUUUAAUGUCUGUUCUUUCCUUCUAGGUAGGGGCCCACGCUUCAUAUGGAUAAUGGGGCACUCAGGCACGCGGAAGACAGAUUAUAUGGUCGUAACUUGGGUUUUCCCUAUGAGUCAGUGCGGGUACAUUGGAGGGGGUUAAGGGGAUUACGCCUGGAUCAAAUGUACUCAGAAUGUACUCAGCGUUUCAGGUCUGGUAAUCCUAGUACUGCACGUGGGCGGGAAUGAUAUCGGAGGUCGGUCAAUCUCAUCCAUGCCAUGAAACAAGAUGUGGCGUGCUGGUUUGCUCUCUUUAAAGAAUUGACUAUAGUAUGGUCGGAAAUCAUCCCUCGCCCAGUAUGGCGGGCGAGUGCACAUAGGAAAGGCUUAGAGAGGUGUAGGAGGAAAGUCAACAUGAUGGUCUCAAGAUUUAUUCGACGCAUGGGGGGAGUUCGCCACUUUGAACUGGAAGGGGACAAUUCUAAUGUCAUGCGGGUGGAUGGGGUGCACCUGGUGGCGGUAUCCUGGACAGCACAAAGGAAAAGAUUAAGACAAAGAGUCGCUUUGGGGAGAUGACAGCCCUCACGGGAGCUGAUGGCAAGUGCCGGCUGUUUAGGCUCAUGGACAAAGGUUGGGGGAACUGUCUGUUGGGCAACCGCUCAACAGCUGACAGGGUUGGAUAAUGUUAAAGUAAAAAAUUUAAUAAAGCUGUGGCCGUUGCCCUUAUCCACUAAGAAGAUGUCCGGUGUGUUAUUGGGGGACAUGGAUGGUGGGUCAGCAGUCAAGAAAACCACGUGUUGCCACGAACAAGUGAACCUCAAAGGAAACUGGAGAGUGAGCACUUUGAACUAUCACCUUUAUAAUGUAAACUCACGUUCAAUCUAACUGGAAACAUUGUAUUAUUGUUAUUAUUAUUAUUAUGUUAUUUAUAUACAGCCAUCACAUUCCGUAGCGCUGUACAAUUGUAUGAAAGAGCUUCAAUGGCUAGAAUUCAGCACACCUUUACCUUUUGUAUUGGUCUGUGUAUAUUGUACAGUUUUUCACCAAUUGUACAGCGCUGUGGAAUAUGGCGCUAUAUAAGUGCCGAUAACAGUAAUAAUAACUACUGUUGCUACAGUAAGGGUUACAGAGGAUGCAGUUAUACUUAAAGGACCACUAUAGUGCCAGGAAAACAUACUCUUUUUCCUGGCACUAUAGUGCCCUGAGGGUGCCCCCACCCUCAGGGUCCCCCUCCCGCCGGGCUCUAGGGUGAGGAAGGGGUUAAACUAACCUCUUUCUCCAGCGCCGGGCGGGGAGCUCUCCUCCUCCUUUCCACCUCCUCUCCUCCUCUUCGGCUGAAUGCGCAUGCGCAGCAGGAGCCGCGCGCGCAUUCAGCCAGUCCCAUAGGAAAGCAUUCACAAUGCUUUCCUAUGGACGCUUGCAUCUUCUCACUGUGAUUUUCACAGUGAAAAGCACGCAAGCGCCUCUAGCGGCUGUCAAUGAGACAGCCACUAGAGGCUGGAUUAACCGAAAUAUAACCCUAAACUGCUAUGUUUAUAGAAAAAAGGGUUAACCCUAGCUGGACCAGGCACCCAGACCACUUAAUUAAGCUGAAGUGGUCUGGGUGCCUAUAGUGGUCCUUUAAAGCUUGCUGAAGUGCUUUAUGUGUGAGUGUGUACUCUUUUUUUUUUUUAAAUUUUAUUUUAAUCUCGUUACACCCCCUACCCCGGCUAUUCGUCAAAAAACUGAUCCUUUUACUUCCUGGUUGUUUAGCUUUAGGGCCGUCUUUAACUCAGGGCAAAUGAGUUGCCAACAACAAUUUGGAGGGGACCAUCAGGUGGCCCAUGAGUUUAGGGUCACCUGAUAGGUAUGACUGAACAGGGGCCCAGUCUAGUGCCGCUGCCCUUUUGAGCACAACCCUGUGGCAAUGGCCGGCUGGGAGAAAGUGACAGCCAUUCACUUCCCCCCAGUUACUUACAGAGAGUGCCGCGCAGGAGGGAAAGCGGAGGCAGUGGCACAGGCAACAUGGGGGAAGAGGCAGGAAUGAGCAUGCUCACUCCCAUCAGCCGCAGCCAUAAUCAGCAGGACCCCAAACAAACCACCAUUCUGAGUACAAAAGGUGAGCUAACAGGGGGGUGUCUGCAAAUAUAGAAAUUAUAACAUCUACAUAUGCCAGACUCUGUGUGUGUGUGUGUGUGUGUGUGUGUGUGCGUGUGUGUAUAUCUGUGUGUCAUUGUGUGUAUCUGUGUGUGUGGAUGUGCCAUUGUGUGUAUCUGUGUAUGUCUGGAAGUGUAUGUCUGUGGGUGUCAGUGUAUGUGAAUGUGCCAGUGUGUAUAUGUGAGUGUCAGUGUGUGUAUCAGCAUGUCAAUGUGUGUCAUUGUGUGUGUGUGCAACUUUGUAUAUCUGUGUGUGUCAUGGUGUGUGUAUGUGUUGCUGUAUAUCUCUGAUUGUGUAUCUGUGUGUCAGUGUGUGUAUCUAUGUGUCAUUGUGUAUCAGUUUGCCAAGGUGUGUUCAUGUGUCCAGGUGUGUGCAUAUGUUAGUGUGUUUGUAUGUGUGUAUCUAUGUGUUAAUGUGUAUGUAUAUUUGUGUAAGUAUGUAUGUGCAUACACCCCAGCAAUCUACCACAAUAUGCAAAAACACCCCCACAUAUACAAACAUUACAUACAAACACAUGCCUUCAUUCAAACACUAAUACUACACACAAAUGUACAUCCACAUUUAAAAAACAACACUAGAACCAAACACAGCCCUGCAUGCAAAUGCAAACAUUACAUACAAGCACAUCCCUGUAAUAAAAUGCUUAAAUUAUAUACAAAUACUAACUCUGCACACUCUGCAUAUAAAAGCAGGUGGGGAUCUAUUUUUUUGCCACUCUUGCGCUAGAGUUUGGGCCCAAAAAUUUUCUUGCCCCUGGGCCCUCGACCCCACUGGGGUGGAGGGGGUGAUUGCAUGCCAGGGAGUCGAGACAGGGGUGGACAGAGAUGAUGGGGCCCAAGCAAAUGCUUCCCCAUGUCCAAUCAAUAUUAAAGACAGCCCUGUUUAGCUCAGUUGCGUUAAACCCAAGAAGCAGCAAUUGCCCAGAGCCCCUGCCUUGCAAAAACUAAUCAUUGAACUGCAUUUGAGCUCUGUGAUUGGACAGUCACAGAAAGUCUGGGCGGGGUUCGAAGGGGAGGGCUUUCAAAGGUUGCAGACAAGACAUUUGCACCCUCUCUUUUUCCUGAUUACCUUGAGGAAAGCACAAGGCGCCAUAGCUGUCUCCUCCUCAUCUGGACGAUGGAAUCGGAACUUAUAUCUCUGCUCCCACUGGAACACUGUUAACGACAACUAACGGGGCAUGGUGGAGAAAGAUGUGGUACGUGGACAAAUCCAUCGGUUUUCACAUGGUAUCACAAGGGACAUCAAACCUCUCCAGCUCCACGCCAAUGAAGCAUCUAGGGGUGGAGGAGCUGUUUCAGCACUGAUGCAAAGACAGGUGCCACAAUUGUACAGAAAUGGUGCCCACCAUUAUGACCCCACAGGAGCUAACACAUAUAAUGACAAAUACUAUGUGUAAAGCACAGGCAAACAAGACUUUUAAAUAAAAAAAAAAUCAUAAACAUAAACUCCACCAAAUGGAAACAGACAGAAAACCCAACAUACAUAAAUUAGAAAUUACUCUAUUUUUUGUACCUCCAAUCAGGAGAAUUAAAACCAGAUAACACCACGCCUCAGCCAUGCUUUUAUAUGCACAACUAUGGAGAACAAAAACACACUGUGGGGCACCUACGGAGAAACAUGGUAUUACCAUUUAUAUAACACUGCUAGGCUUUACUGCUUCCACUGGAAGGCUAUUCCAGGUAUCUACUACCAUUUCGAUAUCACUGUUAGCCUUACUGCAUCCACUGGAAGGCUAUUCCAUGUAUCUACUACAAUUUCUAUAACACUGCUAGCCUUUACUGCUUCCACUGGAAGGCUAUUCCAUGUAUCUACUACAAUUUCUAUAACACUGCUAGCCUUUACUGCUUCCACUGGAAGGCUAUUCCAGGUAUCUACUACCAUUUCUAUAUCACUGUUAGCCUUACUGCAUCCACUGAAAGGCUAUUCCAUGUAUCUACUACAAUUUCUAUAACACUGCUAGCCUUUACUGCUUCCACUGGAAGGCUAUUCCAGGUAUCUACUACCAUUUCUAUUUCACUGUUAGCCGUUACUGCUUCCACUGGAAGGCUAUUCCAUGUAUCUACUACAAUUUCUAUAACACUGCUAGCCUUUACUGCUUCCACUGGAAGGCUAUUCCAGGUAUCUACUACCAUUUCUAUAUCACUGUUAGCCUUACUGCAUCCACUGAAAGGCUAUUCCAUGUAUCUACUACAAUUUCUAUAACACUGCUAGCCUUUACUGCUUCCACUGGAAGGCUAUUCCAGGUAUCUACUACCAUUUCUAUUUCACUGUUAGCCGUUACUGCUUCCACUGGAAGGCUAUUCCAUGUAUCUACUACAAUUUCUAUAACACUGCUAGCCUUUACUGCUUCCACUGGAAGGCUAUUCCAGGUAUCUACUACCAUUUCUAUAUCACUGUUAGCCUUUACUGCUUCCACUGGAAGGCUAUUCCAGGUAUCUACUACCAUUUCGAUAUCACUGUUAGCCUUUACUGCUUCCACUGGAUCUUCUACCCUUGAAAUACAGUAGAAUAUUCUCAUAUUAGCCUCUCUUUUUCCUCUUCCUCCUUUUCGUUCUAGUUAAACACAGCAUCACUCAGUAUCCCUCUGAUGUUCCAUACCAUUCACCAUUGUGAUCAAUGUGGAAGCUGGAGUGUUAAGUCUGCACAGAUGAACAGCACCUGUGAUAACAGACACGUAUAACAUUCCUCGUCUGGGUUAGAUAUUCACAGCUAGUAGGGAGAGCCUCAGGGAAACACAAAGCAAUGUCAGCACGAGCCGCGCGAUUUCUUGCAAUCCACCUCCUGUCGACUCCAAGUCCUAUCAGCCACAGACAUAUACUUCAGCCAUAAAUGUUCGCUGUGGAAUUUUACUUUUUCAAAAAUAUAUUACCGGAAAAUAAAACAGCCAGAAAAGUUCCCAGCAACGAAAAAAUGCCUAAUUAAAUCCAUGCAUGUUUUCAUUUGUGGUACAUCUACUAAACAGUGCUUUUUAGUAUCAUUAUUAUUUUAAUUAUUUAAAUUAAUUAGUUAUUAUUAUUAUUAUUUUUUGUUUUGUUUAUUUGGGUUGAACACCAGUCUAGGUUUUGCCAAUGAAAUGGGAUCGAGGCCAUUAUUAAUCAGUUUUGGGAAUAUGUUUUUCAUACUCACACAAAAAAAGUGUAUACGAGAAUGAAGACCUCAAUUCUAAAAUCCAACUUGUUUGAUGAGGUUCUUACCAAUCAGUGUGACCAUAUCAUAAGUGUGCAACGUUUCUCUACGAUAGAGCAAAUACUGACUGAAAUUGCUGUCUGCUGGUUGAAAACACUGGUAAUUUGAAAUAAUCCCACAAUGUGUGUAGCGUGCUUUCUGUGGGCUUUAGAAUUAACUUGUUUUCUACCCAACCAAUUUCAUGAAGUUGGUAUUGUGUUGCCCGGUGAUAAUGAAAUAGGGAUGUGCAUCGGCAAAAACUUUGGUUUGGUUUGGCACUUCUGAAAUUCGGAACUUCAGCAGUUCUGAAAUUCAGGACUUCGGCAAUUCGGGGCUCCGGCACUUCAGUUCAGCACUUCCGAUAUUCAGGACUUCGUAAAUUCGGCACUUCGGUUCGGCACUUCUGAAAUUCGAGAAUUCGGCAAUUCGGAAAUUCGGCAUUUCGGCAAUUCAGAAGCAUCCUAAUGUCCGAAUUGCCAACAUUCGCCCGAAUUUUAAUUUGCACCGAAACAAAUUGCACGUCUAAAUGAAAUACUUACCUUUCCCUUUCCAACCCGUGGGCAUUCUGGCCAAGCUGGUAGCCAAAACUCGCAAGUUCUAGUAACAGUGUUAUUCACUAAAGUGUCAAUAGUUGACAAUUAAAAGUAAAUCAAAACCAAUCAGGCCAAAAUAGCCAAAGUGAAAACAUUUCUAACUCAGAGAGGUUUCCAAGUUAGCUGUUAGGGCUCACAGCUUGCAAUUCACUUUAUAUUCCUGACAAUUUAAACCUGAUCAGUGUCUCUACCAAACGCAGGAUGACUAAUUAUGAAGCCUUUCUUCCUAUGCAUCGUAAGAGAGCCUACGAGGUUCACUAUUACAGCACGGCAAUGCAGAACACAACUAGGUUUUAGAAGGUAGAACUAGAAGCAACAAGGACAUUUUGCUCUAUUAACAUAUUUCAAUAUGGAAUGUCACCCAGAAUACAACUCUUUUAGAGCCAAUUUUUGGCUAAACCAUGUACACACUCCCAGUGAGCAAAACACUCACACUCAAUACUUUCUCCUUUUAAAAGUAACAAUCUCCAAUGUUUUCUUUUCCCCUCUGGAAAGUCCUUACGCUAUUCGUAUGAAUUUAGAUUCAUAGAAAUUCAUCUUUGAAAGUCCAACCACAAAUAAGUGGGAAACCACAGCCUUGCUGCUCUCUAUCUCUUGGUCCAAGUCUCAGGGCCGGCAAUAUCCAUUCAUUCUAUUUUCCCAUGAGUCACGUUGUUAGAUAGGUGCCAUGUGACGUGGUCAUAUGCUGAGAGUACCCUGCUCUGCACUAAAACAGUUUAGUAAUUUACUCUUUUCUUAGUAGUUGGGACAGAACUAUACCAAAUGUAAUUGUCCCUUGUCAUUCUUUAUUAGAAAGCAAUACAUAACGUUAUUUAUACAUUUGGUUCAACACAUACAGGAGGACAAAUGCCACAUCAGGAAGAAUGUCCUGAUAAAAGAUUUGCGUAACCAAGUCUAGACCAAGGGUAGGCAACCACCGGGCCGGCACUCCAGAUGUUGUGGACUACAUGUUCCAUAAUACUUUUUUUAGCCAUAAUUAUGGCAAAGCAUCAGGUGAGAUGUAGUCCUCAACAUCUGUAGUGCCGGAGGUUACCUACGCGUGGUCUACAAGAAAACCAUAGUAUAUGAUUUUAACAGAAUCGUGAACCCAUUUUCUUUUUUAAAUUUAGAGAUGAGUGAAGAAAAUAAUCAGUGUAAGCUUUAUACAAUAAUUCUAGAAGUGAUAUCUCUAUGGUACUUACCUUUCACCGCCUACUAACAGCACUUGUUUAGUGAAGGAAUCUAAGAAGGCAGGAACAUUUGCUGUGUCUCCUUCUGCAUAUUUGCUGAUAAAUGUAAGGGGCCUCCAAAAUUCUCAUACUUUUUCAGCAAUUGAACCCACAGGUAUAUAUAACUCCUUUUUAUAGGGAAAGCGGCAGUGUAUGGUCUACAGAUUUGAUACCUAAGGGAACGCUGAAGCGUUAGGAAUAUAAACCUGUAUUACUAAUGCUGUAGUGCUCUUAUCCCUAGUGGUAUUAAAGGGACACUAGUAACCGGAAUAACAAAAGAUUAUUAUCUAUUUGUUCUGGUGAGUAUAGUCUGUUCCUGCAGGUUUUUUUUAAUGCAAACACAGAGAAAAGGCAGUGUUUACAUUACAGCCUAGGGACACCUCCACUGGCCACUCCUCAGACGGCCACUAGAGGUACUUCCUUGGUCAGUGCAGGUCAGUACUUUGUCAGUGCAGUGGAAGCAACCCUAGUGACCGUCAGUGUAACAAUUUUAAGGGAAUAAUCCCCUAACUAGACUCUCUAUCUCCAGAUAUUAUGGGGAUAUGAAAGCACUAUAUAAAUAUAUACAGGGUUAGUACAAACCAUUAUGUGCCAACAUGUUCAUCAACGGGCAUAUACAACUGACAAGAGGCCAUCCAUUGAGAGUGGAAUAAAGGAGAUUUUGCUUACUGCAGAGGAAAGGGUUCUAUACAAAACUAUAUAACUGUGGAAUUCUCUACCCAAAAAGGUUGUCUGAUCAAGUUCUCUAGGUAUAUUUAAAAAAAGGCCUGGAUGAUUUUAUAUUUUAGAAAAUCAAAAUAUUCAAGGAUUGUUGAUCCAAGGAGAAAUCGGACUGCUAUGAUGAAGUCAAGAAGGAUUUCCCCCCUUUUUGUGGUGUAAUUGGCCAUUACUCCAAAUUGUUUUAUUUAUUUUUUUGCCUUCUUUAAGAGCGACAGCAUAAAUAGAUGUGUUUUAAAAGGUUGAACUCUAAAAACUUGCACCUUUAUUCAACUUAGAUUACUAUGUAAUAUGGGCCUUCUCUCAAUUCUGGGGCAAAGUGCUAAAAGUGGUGCCAUAGUCAAUAACAUUCCCAUGUUCCCUUGUUCCCAUGGUGGCUGUUACACUUUUAGAAUUUCUACGUAUUAAGAAACCACUAUGGGAUCCCACAAUAGUACCCAAUUCACUUUGCAACUUAAAUGGAAAGAGCAUCGCAGCCUGUGGCUUUAUUCAAUAUCCAUUGUCCUACUGCUCAAACUGCCUCGAGGGAUCAAUAGCUGGCCAUUUGAAUCCCUUUGUGUAUACUUGUAGGGUGUUAUAAAUGAGUGUUUUAUGAGGAAGUACUAUAGAGUUUAUGUGCUAAAAAGGGGAUGCAAACAAACUUUCCCUAAGGUUUAUUUAUUUAUUUUUAACAUUAAAUACAUUGAGGAUAGGACAACUUGGUUUAACCCUCUGCCAUGUGCCUUCUGAUUAGACUAUUGGCUUCUGGAACACUCAUCUUCUCUGUGCUCUGUAGAUCAUCCAAAAUUAAGAAGGGAGAAGAGGCAACCACUCAGUGGAAACACAUGAUGCUCAGUCGGAGGAAGUCUGAGCAAAAGUCAUUUUAAAACUCACACAAUUAUUCAUUAAAGUGUGCGUUGUCAGGAAUUCAAACUGAAUUUCACCUCUUAGGAAAAAAUGGCCAAAGUGAAUAUAUAGCUGAUUUGGAGAAUGUUUACAAUUAGGCUAUAUUGGCCGUAAAUUCUAAAUUGACUUUGAAUCUGUACUCCUAAUUUGCUCGUGCAUUAAGUACAUAAAGCUUCUUCUUUGUAUGCAAAGUAUUUUCCUGAGAAUAAAUUAUAUUUAUAAGAAAUAGCCGUUCACAUAGUUUCUUUGAAUUUUUGAGAUUGUGUAGUAAACAUAUGCUCUAUAAAUUUCACGUACCAUAAUUACCACAUAGUAGUUCUGGUGUCAGGAGGGCCCUCGCAGUCUACCAAGGUAAGUAGGUCAACAGUUUGACAACUUACCAAGCUUCUUUUUCUCAGCUGACCUCUCAGUUAAUAAGCCGACGCUGUACGGCAGGGCUCAGCGUAUUAGAGCUGAAGAAGCUCCUUGGCAGACCCCCGGAAAGUUGUCAAACCAUUAGCAUGCUGGGAGGGCGCCAGGGCAUUCUUGACACCAUAAACAACAACAACAAGCUAAAGCGUGUUCCUUUAACCAUUUUAGUAAAAUAUUAGUCAACUAAAAUUUUUGAGAUUUAGCCGACUAAAACUAAAAAUAUUCAGAUGACUAAAAUAUGACUAAAACUAAAAUGGCUUUUUAGUCAAAUUUAACAUUGCACAGAAGGGCUAUAGAAGGGGCAAAAGAGACAGACCAGGGUUUGAGAGAGACACCUCGAGCUGCUGGGAGGACACAAAGAGACACAGAGCGGCUGGGGAAGGGGCAAAAGUUACAGAUAGAGGCUUUAGUUAAACCCAUUAGAUUUUAGUCGUGUUGACUAAAAUCUACCAGAGACUUAGUUGACUAAAACUAAAACAAUUCAGAUGACUAAAAUACGACUAAAAUUAAAUGGCUUUUUAGAAAAAAGACUAUGACUAAAAAUAAAUUAAAAUUUGCCGACAAAAUUAACACUGUUCGAGACAAACAAAUGGCAACUCAAUCCCCUUAAUGUGUUUGAUCUAACUCCCUUGAUACAAAUUAGGGGAAUUGCAACCUUUACCCAAGGUACCCUAAUGCUACCUGCAAAACCCCCCAUAUCCUAUUUAAAUAUACCUUUGUCCUAAAUUGCCCAACCCUACUUGUACCUUAGUGCCAUUUGUUUUUUUUAUAGCAGCAUUAUAUAUCUGGCACCCAUUUGGCUAAAUGCAGUUUCAAUUGAGUCAGUUUUUUUUCAGGCAAGCAGGAAUGAAUUGACCUGAAUGAAAUUGUCAGAAUUUGCUAAGCGGUGUGAGUAAAGAUGAAUAAGAUAAAGGUAGGUUUGGGCCAGUUUGUUCCCUAUCCUGGAAUAGUGGAGCCAGUACAGAGCACUCUACAAAGCAUAGAUAAAAAGGAUGAGUGGGGCUGGAUCAGUGUGGAUUUGUGGAUUAGUGGCAGAAAAUUAAGAAAUUGAAAAAUUAGCUCAAAUCUCUGUUUAUUAUUGCGUCCUCUUAUGUUAUGUUUAAGGCUCUGUCCCGCACACUUAAAGAUUUGCAUAAUCUUAAUGAGUUUAAGAGGAUCACCUUUUACCCUGCAGCAAUUUAUAAUAAGGCCAAAAAAACACUGUAGUAUCCUCAUGAUUAAAUGGAAAACCGCAGACUUCUGGGGUUUAUUCACUAAGCUGCGAAAUUUCAGAUAAAAUACUUGAGUUGGGAAAAAAAUAACCAAAAAAUAUAAGGCCCAUAUUGUGCAAUUUGGAUACCACUGCACUACCCGAUCACUGCUUAGUGAAUACUCCUCUUGGUACAUAGUAGUUUUUAGUCCAGACAGCUGGUCUGGGUCGCCCUCACUGGGCCUCUGCCCCUAAAUAAAACAAUGAUCUUAUUAUUUCACAUCACUGGCAAAGGGGGCGGGGGUGUUGGGAACCAGAGACACACAACAAUAUAAAGUAUUUCAUGUACAUUAUUGGAGAGCGUUGCUUUUCCUAUCAUGUUUAUCUUACGAUUAGAGCGGUGUACACAUCUAAUGCUGUGGAUACAUACAGAUCAAGAUGUCUUACUUCAUUGAUAUUUAAUAGUUUACAUGUAGACAACAAAAAUUCCCAUAAAUUUCUCUGCAAGAAAGGAAUGGCUCAUUCCCACGGAGUGUAAGGAAAUGUUAGACCACAUAUAAUUUUAGGGGGCCCACCAGUGCAAGUGCUUAUUUCUCCUUAUACAAUAGAUUAACUUGUCUUCUGUUUUCAGGAAUAGAACCCAAUUCAAUGUCCUCUGACGUUAUAAGUCAACGUAUCGAUUAAAAUAUUCCUAUAAAUUCACUUGUUUAGGAAAGCAUGGUAACUUAAGAGUUAAUUUCUCUCUCUCUAUAAAAUUCUACCCGACUCGUCUAUUACACGCAUCCUUUGCAUACCAUAACAUUUAUAUAUACUUUAUUUUGUUAGUGCACCAAUCAGUCUUCCCUUAUGCUGCACUUUAACCUCUCGUAUAAUUAGAGCUCUCUUCGUUUAGACUGUAUGUUCAUUUGAUCAGGAAUCUCAUAACUGCCUUUUACAUAUACCAUGCUUAUCUUAGUUUAUUCAUUGUAGAGCGCUGCGGAAUGCGUUGGAGUUUAAAAAAAUAUAUAAUUUAGAAAGUUACUGCAGGUUCUUUAGAAAAACACACAUUGUGUGACAUUACGCAUAUGUAAACGGUAAACUCCUUUGUAUUUUCUCAUGUUUAGCCCACUCUUCAAUCACCUUUGGAUAUCUUACACUAUAUAAUAACUUGGUUUAUAGUUGUGAUUGUGCUAUAAUAACUCAGGGAAUUGUCUGGUUCCUGCACUGAUGACAAUCCCUAUUCUUUAUAAUCAGACUGAUUAUGGCAAGUUGAGUCUCACUUUAUGAAAUAUUUGUACGUCAUCUGUCUUUAUUGCCUCCACUCUGCUCAGGGGAGGGCCGGCAGGGGCGCAUUUGCUUCCAGCGCCACUAGCCUAGAGAGUAGGCUGCUGCCUCACAGCACAGUACUAAAUACAUUUGGUAAUUAUAUUAUUAUUAUAAUCUAGAAAUCGCCAACAAACUCUGUAGCGCUGUACAAUAGAGUCUUUGUUUUUUUCAUUUAUCGUAGUGUUAAUAUUACAAUUAAUAUAAAAUGAAGCGAGGGAGUGGAGCUUGCUGAGACAGUGUGCUGAUUUAACCUUUAAUUGGGCUAGUUGUUUGCAGCCCUCCACUGACUCUGCUACAUUCUAUCUCUUAUAUCUUAGCUCUUUUUUAGCCCAAGUCCUUUGUCAAAACAGUGUCAUUGUUGGUACUUACAGAAGUAUUGAAUUAUGGGAUUGGAAGUCCUGUUUACAGUCAUCUGCAAAGUAAUUUAUCCCUAAUCUCAUUCAGUAAACCAUGAUGAAUAUUGUGGAUUGUUGUAACAUUCCAAACUGUGAUAGUAAAUAAACAUAUGAGAUAAGCAUAGGGGUAUCAAGAAAUAAAGACAGUAGGGCCAGGAUUCUAGAACCUGUAAAAAUGUGCACACAGUGUGGGUCAAGCAGUCCUUAUCUCACCAGGGGCUAAACUGUUCUUAUCUCUAUAUGGGCCCAGAAGGUCCUAUCUCUAUAGGAGUCACGAUGCUUUAAUCUACCAUCAGACUGUCUCUAUCAGUGUCCCCCAGACUCACUUCAUAGUUAACCCCAAUGCACCAAUACAGGCUGUAGGCUUACAGCUAUAUCUGUUGCUCUCACAGCUGUGACAACCAGAGACGUGUAACAUCUGGCACAGCAGCUGCUCUGAUGAACAAUCAGCAUUCUCGUCCAAUCUGGCUGAGGAUGAUAGCAGCUGCAGGUCACUGGAUUUACAGAUGUUUCAAAGGCUGGCUUAGAGUGAUGGGAAAAUAAUAGGUGAUGUUCCAAGGUUUAUGGGAUAAUAAAAGAACACGUACCAAGGCAACUGCUGCAACAGUUCAAUACAUUCCUGUGUACUGAGUGUGAUGGGAGUUGUAGUGGGGAACAGGUGUUGUGAAAGAGCUGUUUAUUUAUUUCUGUAAUCCCUGCUGAUAACUGUUUAUUUUAUCUGCUAACUGGAAGAUGAGCUGUGGGUUGUGUGGGUGUGGAGGGUGUGAUGUGAUCUGAAAUGGGUCACCCUGGCUGUGUGGGUGGGUGUUUGUGAUUACCAUGGCAACAGGCCCUUUAAAUCGUAAUAGUUCCAAAAGUCAAAUUCCAGCAUUAUGUCACCCAAAGAGAAAUGAGUAAACUACUUGUGAUUUCCUACCCUGAUUCCUGCUAUCUUAUUUAUAGAAAGAAACCUAUCCAUUCUGUGUCAGAGUCUGUGACACACCCAGCAUCCCAGCCUAGAGGGGCGUCACUCCUGGUCUCACUUGUAGCCUCUAACCUCAAAUAACUCAGUUUGGGCACUGGGGAUAUACACACUCACAGCCUGGAUCUGCUGCUGCCUUGGCUUUCUAUAACCAGAACUCUGGUGGAGACUCAAUUACUCACCUUGGAAGCUUGCACUAAGUAAGUCUUUAAUAGAAUAUUUUAUCUUCACCAUCUCAUCUUCAAGAUAAUUUGCUUUCUGAUCUAACAGAUCUGGGGGAAAGGGGGAGAGGAGGGGGGAUUGAAGAAUUUUAUUUUAUUUUAUUUAUUUUUUGUAACAAAAAAAUGCAACUUUUCCAAAUUGAUCCAGUAAAUAUUUACAUUGUGUCUGUGCUAGUUCUAACGUGUCUGUUGUUACAUGUAACACAAGAGAUAUUGCAGAACACACAUUGGCCCAUUGAAUGCUCCUGCAUGUCUAAAAUACAGAAUAUCUUAAUCCAUUCUCAUCUACCCACCUUUUAGCCACAUUUCCAUUUUGUUUAUUUUUUAUUCUGUUUACAUUGUGCAGAGAGAAUAUUUUAUUAUGAGUAUAGUGAAUAGCUAAAAUUAUAUAUAUUUAAAAAUAAACAAAAAAAUCUCUGAAAAAAAAUGUAAACUAUGAUGUAAGGUGGGUUGUUUGUGGUAUGUGUACUGCAGAUAACGGUAGGUACACACCCAUCGCAUUAUGGCUUUAUAGCCUCUGUGAACUAUUAUAGCUCUGCAGUAAGCAGUAAUUCUAUUUCAACAUGAUUCAUUAUAUUUUAAUUCGUGUUUUGACAUGCUAUAUGUUAUCUAAUAUUUCUGUUUCGAAAAUAUGUAUUGCAUGUUAGAUUAAUGGAUUUUUACCGAUAUAUAAACUGCCUAGAAUCCCCCUCCCCUCCCUUCCCCCCUCUGAAAAUUAAUUUUGCAUUUAACCUACUUGGCUACAUUGAAAAAAUGUCUAGGGUUUAUCUAACCAGAUUCCUGGGAAUAUUUAUACAGAGGUUAUGAUUUUUGUAUUAUGUCUAACCACAGGACAGACAGCACACACAGCCUGUGAUUUACAAAGUUGGGAAUGAUGCAAUUUGUGUACAGUCUGUACCCCUUGCUACAUUACACGAGAUCCGAGGAAGAUCCCUUUAGUUUAGAUACAUAGAAGGUUUUACAAAAUAAAUCGUUAUAAAUGGGGAAUAAUAUUAAAUAAUGCUUGCAGAAUUACUUGGGAAGGUUAUCAAGACUUAUUCUCUUAAUAGAUCUUCACUAAUGUUGUUGCUUUAUGGCCUUGCAGAAUUACUGUCUAUAUACCCCAAAUUCCCCCCCAUCCCCCCCUUUAAGUUUUUUUUUUCUUGUGAUCUUAGUGUCCAAUUUCAGACAGACUGCACCCUUUCAGGAACCCAGACACAGCCCUAGUGGUUUCCAUAGACCCAGCUUAAUUCUUACAUUCUUAUCAAUCCCAUAUGUGAUUCUUCAAAAUAAAUAAAGUUCAGAAAGUAGUAGGAUUUCAGCAGAUGGGAGCUCCUGUGGUGGAUAUUCUGGGUGUGUUAAGGGGGGAGGUGAAUUAUUAUUAUUAUUAUUAUUUUUUUGCUUUUGAAAAAAAGUCCCAUUUAUAUAUUCUGUAAGGUUAUCCCAGUAACGUGUGGUGGAAGAGGCCAGGUAGGCAUUUUGCCAAAGGGAAAAAAAGUGUGACUAACCCAUUGAGUGCCACUAAGGAUAACAUGUAUGUUAGAUAGAACACCAUCACCCUUGUGUCUCAGAAAAAUAUUGAUGCUUAAGGGGAACACAGACAUUUUAAGGGGAUAGAUCUACACCAGCCUAAACUGUAAGGUUGUGCUAAUUCAUUCAACUCCAAAACUGAAGAGAAAAAAAAUAAAUAAAAUAAUAAAUUUAGCAGAAACAUAACACAAGUUUAAUCAGACUAGUGUUAAAACAAAUUGUAAAUGAAUAACAAACAAAAAAAUAAUCAGAUCAAGAUAAGAAAUAGAGAGGGUGUAGAUUGCAGCAUAUCUGCCUCUUAAAGGGUUAAAGAAAAUGAAAUCCAUUCUUAUUAAAUAAAAAAAUAAACACGUUCCAACUCCUAUAGCCUGAUGGCCAGGCUCCCCCUACCGUCCAAUGAAAGUUGAUCAUGUGCUGACACACCCUUGUCUGAAUCUAGUCUAACAGUCCCAAGCCUCUACUUUACUCUGGAAGUUCUGCUUGGAGGAAUAAGGUCUAGAAAAGGGGACAUAUUGUAUUAAAAGUGGGAUUUAUUUAUUUUUUAUCCUCUUUAGGAAUCCUCAAAGACUUGAUUGAAGAUGCUUGUAUUACUCCUUGGAAUCAUUAUUCUGCACAUUGCAGUCCUGGUCCUGUUGUUUGUAUCUACUAUAGUUAGUGUAAGUAUAAUGUUUGUAAAUAAACUGCUAGAACACUCAGUGUAUCUGUAAACCAUAGCAACUAUAUCACUUUGUAUAUGUUUACUUUAGAGCUUGUUGCAUUUUUCUUUUAAUAUUAUUUCUGCUCUGUGGAUUUAUUAAUUGUUCAUGGCGACAUGAGUACUGCAGUUUUUAGACCAAAUUAGAAAUUAUGUCUGUUAAAUUUUCUAUUUUGGAUAUUUCGCCUAAAAACUUGGGAUUCCUUUGUUAAUUUUCUGUAGUUGAUAAUCCAUAACGUGUGUCUAGAUUAGAUUAUUUCAUUAACAGCUGGAAAGGUUAGAAUAAGAGAGAGAGAGAGUGUUUGUUUUUGUGUGUGUGUGUGUGUGGUUGUGUGUCUGUGUGUGUGUGUGUUUGUGUGAGCUGUCAUGAAGUAAUAUUAUACAUUUAUGGUUUUUAGGUUUUAAGGAAAUUCAGGAAUGAUUAGAGUUCUGUAACUAGAAAGAUGAUGGCUCACUUGGUUAAUGUACCAGUUGUGACCUCAACAUCCUAGCAUUCCUAGGUCAAUAACUUGCAUAGCAUUGUGUAAGAAAUAUCUCAGAGCUUCCUUUGUGAAAUACAAACUUUGAUUAUGUUUACAAUGCUAGCUAUAGUGUUUAAGCUUUUGAUACAUUCUGGCCUUUUUCAUGCUUUUUUACCUGUAGAACAAAAAUGUACGUGUCUGGUUUUGUCGUUUUGUCUUUUGUCACAAGUGACAAAUAUAUUAUUUAUAACUAUGUAUAAGCAAAGAAAAAAAAAAAACAGUUCAUAAUUUUUUUCUACAUAACCGUAGUUCAGUAACUGGUCGUAAAUAAUUUAUACGGCGCAGUCAUGUUAAUGUAUUUUCCAGAUGAACGUUUAAACAGAAUCACAUUGUGCUGUGAGGUGUCGGUUGAACAUAUGGCUAAACUUAGUUUUUCUCAAGGAAAAAAAAAGGCCAGAGUGCGUUUUCAGUUGAUACUUUGGAAGGGAGAAAAUAGAGGGGCAUAGGCUACAUCUGUGAAUGGGUUUAUCAUAGGUUUGCAAGCUUUGAACACUCCCAAAAUCCAUGCAACCUCUGGGAGAGGAGACAGUGGGCACUAUAAUGUUUUUACCAUGCAGAGGGCUGGGGCGGGGGAGAAUACUCCCUGUUAACCCCUUUGCACCUGCAACAAAUGGCUUCACUUGUAUUUGAGAAUGAGAGUGAUCUCGGUCAUAUCCUGUUGAUUCUACAUGUAGAAUAAAACCCACAUUGAUUGAUGUUGUGAAAUGAGCCAGGAUAGUUUUUAAUUAAAGAGCUGCUUAUUGAGGCCUACUGGCUAAAGUAAAUUUGGUGUGGGCGGCAAAAAAAAACAGACUUAGCCAAUGUCUGCUCUGCAGUUAAAUUAAUUUGUGUGUGUAUAAAUGCUGGGGAUGUUAGUGUUAACACAGUCCAGUUGAAAUGUUUGUUUGUUGACGUGCACCGAAUGACGUUUUGUGAAUACCGAACGCAUCUGUCAUCAGGUUGCCCAUUGCCAAGUGUGUGCUUUUUGUACAUAUACAGCCCAAAAUGUACAAAGGAUAUACAGAGUGAUAAAGUACCUGGAGUGUCAACGUAAGCCUAGUCUUGUUCUUGGUGUAGACUUGAUGAACACCCUAGGUGUUCAUAUUUACUCCAUAGUAUUAAAGGAAAGAUUUCCUAUUGCAUCUUUCUCUGACGUGUAAUUGUCAGUGGAAGCCAUCUGAUAAUGAGGAAUAAUGUGUUCCUGCUUGGUAGAUCUUAGGGUGGGGCAGUCUAAGGGCACCUUCCGCCUGUUACAGUUGGCAGUGCCAUAUGGCAUUGUGCUCGUGCCCUCUUGGGUAGCUUAAAGGUCAAUGAACAUACAAUAGAAAAGGAUGGGUUAUUCGUAACCUUAUACAUUUGCCAGGUAUGCAACAUUCUGCCCACCAUCUCUGCAAGUCCACCCUCACAUAGGAAAUUUGAGUUAUUUGCUAGUCAUGAUACCUUAAAACAGAGACACCAUACAAUAUUUUGGUAGCCCACAUAAAAGCAUGGUACUUGGGUAUUGUUAUUAGACUGCUGGGAUUUCAGUCAUACCUAGUCCGGCUGUGUACUGCAGCAUGAAAGGGCCUCUCGUUUGUUGUGUUCUCCUAACUCUUUGGACUUUCUUCUUCCUUUACCAGAGCUGGUUGGUGGGCAACAACUACUCAGCGGACCUUUGGCAGAACUGCAGUGUGACAGCGACUAGCACCUGGCAGUGUCUGUCAGCCUCCAACAAUGGUGAGUGAUCAGUGAUGGGGCUGGCUGACUAUCCCAACAUUUCCAGUUAAGGUGUUGGGUUCCAUUGCAAGUGGUCCCAUAGCGAUAGAGGUUGAGGAAAGAAUCAAGUCAAGUGCAUCAAAUACAUUGUUUCACACAUCCCUGCAUCUGCUGUUGAUCCAGAAGAAGGAAGUUAGUUUGAAAAUAAAAGACACAAGAAAAAUAAAGUUCGACCUUUAUAAUUAGCCUUGUUUGUUGAUCCAGAAAAAGCAGUAAACUAUUUUAACACCAACCAAACCUCUAGGUCUCGAAGGAAUAAAAUACAUCUUCGAGACUCCCAUGGUAAUGGGAUCAUUUGUGUGUUUGUGUGUUUAGUCCCAGCCUCCUUUGGCACCUUGGUGUGUAAGGAUUCAGCAACGGUUGCCCAUAAUGUCAGUUCUUUGACACAAGAGUAAGGGCAUGCACCACAAGAAUGUCCUCUUGGGAGCCGGUGAACAGUUAAGCACUCUGGAGUUUAUUUCAACUGCCUGCCCUUUCAGAUUCAUAAACAUAACUUGGAUAAAUAUAGAGUUAUAGUGCAGUUACUUUCAGCUUGGCUCUCGUGUUUCAGAGGCCUGAAGAUCCCUUUAUCACAUCUGGUUUCUGGGUGGUAAUGUAUCAUGGCAGCUCCUUGUGUCCAAGCUCCCCCUUGUGGUGAAACAGUGUACCUGCAGCUCAAUUAAACUCGAAUUGACAGAGAUACACUUGUCAUUCAACUGUAGGCGCUAAUAAUGUGAUAAAAAAAAAUCUUAGAAGAAAAUAGUAUAUAAUAUAUUUUAGCUGUCUAAUUUUUGCUACAUGAGGAUUUUAAAAAUUAGAUGACGUAGAGAUCCUGAAAGAUAUCAACUUGUAGGAUCCUCUCUUAUACAAAUUCCGCACAAUGAGUCCUGUUGAAAGAUACCAUGCCAAGCCAAGGAAGCUCCCAAAUGUUUAAUUAUACCCACGAUAUCGGAGUUUCACUAAACUGUGAGCUCAGAAAUGUUCACUGUUAAAAUGUAGAACUCACGCCAGAGUAACAAGGGUUUGAAAUAAAUUCAAAUUUGCACAAUCUGUUCAGCUUGUCAUACUGUUCAGUUAAUAAUCAUUGGGCUCUUAUACCCAUCGGUGACUUUUAUAAUUGAAGAAUGAGUACAAGCACCUUCCGUAGGAAAAUGUAUAGACAAGUCAAUUUCAAAACGUCACCUUGUUACUGACCCCAGGUGUUAGGAAGUCACCCCUUCCCAGUGCUGAUGGGCCAUUAAUCAGUUUAGAAUCAGUGUAUUUAUUAGGAGUAAUAUGGCAACAAUGAAAUCUACAGGGCUUGCAACAUAUCGCUAGGUGUCUGGUGGCUGUACAUGAGAUCCAUAGGGAGGCAGUAGUGAGAUCCUCUGUGUUCUAUGUCUCAGCUUUCCAAAACUAAAAAGUAUCAACCAGUUCACGCAUCCUUAUACCCUCCGAUACACUAUCGCUGCUUCUCAUUUUAACAUGAUAAAUUAGGAUUUUAGUGUUAUUGAGGGGCUGGCUUGACAGGUGUAGAGGGACACCUCUCAAAGUAAAGAGAGAUCAAAAUCUCUCUUUACUUUGUCGAUUUUAUUUUUCUAAUUUAGAAUGUCUUGUGUGUUUUAAUGCAUUAGACUUCUAAGUAAGAAUGACACUGUGUGUUUAAAAUUGUAGUUUAGAAAAAGCAAACAUACUGAAAACAGUUGGUUCUGGGGUCACAAUAAAGAUACUGAAUAGUUCCGCCUAUUGGUCUCACCUCCAGACAUAACCUUUAAAACACACUUGUUUCCGUUUGGUAAUUUAAACGUUGUGAGAUUUAGUGGGGCCUGUAAAUCCAGUCAUGCCAUGGGCAGGCACAAAUACUGCUAUGCAUUGAAUUGUGGGAAUGCAUCCCAUGUAUUGACACAGAAGAUGUUAAAGCCUUUUGCCAAGCCAACAGGGUAUAGUUAUCUCCCUAUCUAUAUACCUUUUGGUCACAGUAUCGUUUGCCAAAAUGUUUUAGCUUGUGAACACAGUUUAGUUUGUUCAACUUUUAAAUGUAAAUUGAAGUUAUGUGGCAAUGGUAGCUCCCUUAAAAUUAAAAAGACACUAUAGUCAUCAGAACAUGACUAUAUCAGCUUAUUAGUAGAGGUGGUUCUGGUGAGUAUAGUCAGUGCCUGCAGCCUUUUUGCAGUAAACAUUGCAUUUUCUGGGAAAAGGCUGUGUUUCAUUGGAGCCUAUGAAACCCCUCUAGUGGCCACUUCUCAGAUGGGAAAGCAUUGGAUUAACUGAGAUGAUCAAUUCUGAUGAUGUCAGCCAAGGCGGCGGGGCCAGCGCCUGCAGACCUGCAAAGUGCUAGAAAUAAGGCGUUUGUGUUCCUGACCCUAUACUGUUCUUUUAAGGGUGUUGAAAAUCAGCUAUGGCCUUGAGGAGGAUUAUGGGAAUUGUAGUCCAGUAUUAUCUGCAGUUUGGCACUCCUUCUCUAAAUGUCCACCCCAAGUUUCAGUGAAUAUUCUCUUCCUAGGCGAGAAUUGAAUUCUUGGUAGUUCUCGAACAAACACUUCUUGGUAGUUCUUGAACAAACACUACCCUAAGCUCUGUGAAGUAUAUUUUACAAAGACCUGUAAUUGUAUAAAAGAAAUAUUUAAAUAAUAGCACACUGAGAUAAUGAAUAACUGUGAGUGUAUCGUCCAAGCCUCCAAAGGGUUAUUUUAAGCUGUAUACAGCCAGCAGACAAGAGAAUGAGAGAUAUGUUUGCACUCUUUAUUUGCGUUGCCCUCAUACCUUAGGCCAGGCCAUCACUAAGGUCCGCACCCUGUCUAAGGGGUGGGAGGGGCUUUAAACUAGGAAGACAAAAAAUACAAAGUGAAUAAUUGAGAAUGCUGACUGAUGUGUCUGGGGAACGUUCUUUGGACUCAAAUGAUCUUAUGAGUGAGCCACAAGAUGAUAGGAAGCUACAUUGACUUGACUUGUGCUAGCUACUGGGUACAUGGGUAUUACUGGAAUUGUCAUGCUCAGAAUCAAUUGACUCAAGGAUUUGGUGAUGGUACGCACUUCUGUAGCUCCCUGAGUGCCAAGCUGGUCAGAAACCAAAUAUAAAAAUUUUGGCAUGUUCACAGAUCAUCCACAACCCUGAAAAAUCUCAUAAGCCAAACGAUUACCUAAAAUUGUAGGCUUCAAAAUGAAGAAAGAAAAAAAAAAAAAUUCUGUUAGUAUAUUCAUAAAAGGUCUUUUACAAUUUAUAGUUGCAAAGUUAUUUAAUGUGACCCUGGAACACCCAUUCUCUUAAUAGAUACCAAGAUAAUAAGUACAGACCAAUGCCAGGAACUCUCAGACAGCCAGUAUAAUGGAAAAAUGAGGCCCCAGCAAUUAGCUAGAUGCUCAGAUACUAAAUAAUUCAAGGGUUGUGUUUCUAUUACACAGGGAUUUUCUGAGUAUUCUGCCAAUGAGAUUAUUAACAAGGCAGUUAUAGAAUAAAAGCAUUGCAGAAGGGAUUUGAAUAGUUGAUCGGCAGUUAGGGAGAGGGUGUACAUGGGAUAUUUAGUUUUUAUUUUAUUAUUUUUUUACCCAAGAAACAAAAUGCAUGUGUAUUAUGAUAUCAAAAAUAUUAAAAAAAAAAAAAAAAAAAACACUUGCCAGAAGCAAAGAAAAUUGUCAACUUCAAAUUUUCUCUGCACUUAUAUCUAUUAGUUUAGAAAGAGGAGAGUACAGAGUUCACAGAUUUAUAGAAGGGAUCCUUGGAGAUUCUUACAAACUAAUUUCCUUCCAAGUCCAUCAAAAAUGUAAAAAGGAAAACAAGUGGCAGGUAAUCGAAAUACAAUCCUCUGUAGUCCAUGUCAUUACUCUUGAGAUAUUCAUUCAACGUUCCUUCGAGAACUCAGAUCUGGACGUUCAAAGAGUUGGUCUUCCAAGCAAGUUCCAGUGCGUACAAUAAAUACAUUAAUUGAAACGGUGUACAAUGGACGUAAAAGAACCCAAGAAUCACAUAAUGACCUGAUCAUCACAAUGACCAACACUUUAAACCAUUUUAGUACAAAUCACUGUGGAGAAACAUUCAAACUUUUCCCAUCUUUGCUGAAGGACACUUUACAUCAUCUUCAGUUGGUUGUUGAGAGAGCAGUGCUUAUAGGAGCCAUGAAUGGGAAUAAAAUCAACUGAUACAGUGCUGUGAAUGCGAAUUCCAUACGUUAAAGUCUCCAGACAGUAUUUGCUAUUAGGCUGUGAAGUGUUUCCUCUUAUGUAGACUGAUCAAUAUGUGUCUUUCCUUUUCCAGAGUGGCUCCAGUCAGUCCAGGCCAUGAUGAUCCUGUCUAUUAUCUUCAGCGUUCUGUCUUUGUUCCUGUUCUUCUGCCAGCUCUUCACACUGACAAAAGGUGGAAGGUUCUACCUAACGGGACUCUUUCAGGUGCUUGCUGGUAAGUAGCAUUAUAUCCUUCCUUUGUACCCACCCGCCAGUACAAGUUCUUAAACUGGUUGGGGUAUAAACAGGUGCCAAAGAAAUCUAAAGCGAUGAGUAGAUUGAAAUAUGGUAUUGGCUAGAUCUGAAGAAAACCAGUUGAAUUAGGCAAUAGCUUUAUGUUAGGUAAACAAUGGAGAAAAUAAAGAAUGUGACAUUUUUGUGCAAAGUGCAGAUCAUUGCAUUAAUUAAAUUUUUGGACCCAAGAGUGUCACUGCUGAGUGAGUUAAAGGAACUUGCUAAAGUGCAUUAUGUGUGAGUGAGUGUGCCCUUUUUCAUUUUCUAAAAGUAUGGAUUUCAUUAGAAAUUUGCACUUUUAUAAAUGAGCCGUAUUACACCUACGGGAGUUCUAUCAGGACAGCCGGCCCUGUUACUUUCUGGUAGCUGUAAUACAGCUCAUUAAGAAGUCUGUUCUAGGGAAGAAGGAAAUGGCUUACAGGAGCUGCGGAUACUAGUUCUGCAGCUAUUACUAACCAUGAUUUUAUAUAGCCCCCUAGAAAACCUGCAAAACAAAUUAUAUGCAGAUUUUCUUUGGAGGUAUAUUUGCUAAACAUUUUUUCCUUUAAGAAAAGAAUAAAACCGCCACCCUUCGAGUUCACUGUGACUAUAUUUAUUUUUGUGCUAAAUGCAGGACGUUCUUGUUAUAAAUAUUUUGCUAUAAAUCUUCCUUUCUGAAUGAUGUCACUGUUGGAACAGUGAGAAGUGCUUAGUGGCAACACGGUUUAAGUAGAAGACACCCAAGGUUCUAUUUUGUACAUAAGCUGUUCUGGGAAAGAAGGGAGUGAAUUAUAUAGUCCAUUAUCCAGAUCGCGGAUGUCUGCUAUGAUGUGUCGCCUACAGUGCGUCCUUUGCUCCGCUGACAAAACAAAAGGCUGGAUCUCCCGGUUAUCAGAGGGCAAGAGAUUAAAACCUAUUCAUUGCUUGUUUAGAAGAGACUGUGAUUUGAGCUCAGGAUUACAAGUGUGCCAUGCUGUUACAUAGCAGGCUGAUGACUCACUGUAGUGAUGGCUAUCCUUGCCACAGUAGAUGUUUGUUACGAAACGUUAAUAAUAAUAAUAAUAAUAAUAGUUCCACGAAGACUGGCAGAGUAUCGUGGGAAAUGUAGUUUAGUGAUGCAUCAUGGGAAUCUGCAGUGACCAGCUGAGGCAUCACCAUUACUAGAGGCUUUUAAUAGUAUUGUAGUUGGGCCAGUCCAGGUUAAUUGAUUGUUCCCGUGCACUGGUGAAGCAGCUUGGAACGGUUGACUCUUACCUUGCUCUGUACUGUUUCCAUGGCCCUCCUGACCUGAGUUGGUUUGAUAAAGUGUGUUUAUACUUCCACAUUAUCAUAGCAUGUUCAUUGGCCAUCAGGUCACACUUAGCCAAUGAAUGAAUACUGUUCAAAAUCUGGUAUGAAUUGGUAUGAUGAUGUGGAAGAAUGUACUUCCGCCUUGUCAGGCCAAGUCCAACUGGAAGAAUUUUGGGCACCUGACAACAUGGUAAGAGUCAAACUGUUCCUAAAUGGUUUGACAGAUUACUACUGGACAGAACCCGGGGACUUCUGGCACCAUAACAACUGGUUAUGGUGCCUAGAGUGUCUGUUCAAGGUCUUCAGUUUGGCAUCAUCACGCACAACUUUAGAUUAGUGGAUUGCAGCUAUUGCUACACAUGUGCGUAGCAUGAGCCCAUCAAUUCUGAGGAACUUAAAAGAGAUCGAGAAACUGCAGAGAGGAGACACUGAGGCCCAUGGCUGGAUUACAGGUAAGUUUAUUUCAUUUUUGAUUUGUUUUUAUUUUUAAUGGUGGCGCCUGAGUCUAAAAUAAUAAAGGGACAUGUGAAGGUUACAAAAAUAUUCUUGACCUGAGGGUGUUCCAUUAAAGAAUUGUUUUAGAAUUGUGCUAGUGUGCAUAUAUGCACUUUGUUGACAUUUUCCAGUCCCUUUAACUAACCAAAACAAAACCUGUAGGUGCCAUUGGCAAGGGCUGUAUCGAGUGUUUUGUUUUUCGCUGUAUCUUGCUGACAGAACCCUUCUUGUCACUAAGUAUCGAUGUUGGGAAAGUAGGCGCAUUGGGCGAUGUUGAGAAAUUACAUGGUUUGCAAAAUGCCCACUCCUGCACUUUCUACAAGACAAUGGCUGCUGUGUAACAGAGGCAUUAGUGCCAGGAAAUGUAGGUGCCUUGUAGACUAAUCCGAACUCGGUUAAAAAGGAACUGAAUAUGCUGCAGAAUCCACUGAAACAAAGCUGUUAUUAUAAAAUUCAUUCUGCAGUAGGCAAGAAAAAAAAAAAAACAACUAAACCCAGUGAUCUGGAGGGUUACCUCUCAGUGUAACCAAGUUACAAUGUGUACAAAUGCCUCUUAAAGGAACCUAUCACUGUUCUAUUUAGUAACCAGAGCGGAUGUCACCUAUUAUACAUGAUAACAAUACUGGAUUGUUUUUGCUCUGUUUAUUUAAUUAGAUUUUUAUUAAGGGUUUCAACAAUUUCCAGCAAGUUCCGAGGCAAAUGAGCAGUGCAAAUCUAUGCUUAGAACUGUUGUCAAAAUCUUAGUGGAACAAGACAUUAGAACUCAAGAAUAACAGCAGUGAGAGUGUCUGCAUGUCUCAUUAACAUUUAGAAAUUAUGCAGAGUUGUUAUGGUCCUUCGAGUAGCCCUUUUGAAAACUGAAAAAAAUGGGUAUAAGUAGACACAAAUAGAGUAGAAGAUAAUGUAUUAAUCAGCUUUAUAGCUUACAAUUGCCAAAUCAUUAAUGUAAUUCUUCUUCUCUGCAGGGCUCUGCGUAAUGGCCGGUGCCUCCAUCUUCACCGUGCGGCACACGGAAUGGCAAACGCAGAAUGCCACCGGCUAUGGGUUUGCUUACAUCCUGGCGUGGGUGGCCUUCCCUCUUGCUGCCAUCAGUGGCAUCAUAUAUAUCAUCUUAAGAAAACGUGAAUAAACACUGGAUGAGAUGGAAGACGGGGAAGAAAGAAACGCUAAACAAAAAAAACAAAACGUCAAAAGGGGAACCCAGAGAAUUGAAUUCAAACCUUACAUUACCUCCCCUCACCAAAGAGAGAGUGGUGGGGGCAGGUUCCUGUGUUAAUUGAAGAUGUAAAUAGUAUCUAUGGUUUAAAAACCUAUUUAUAACACUUUUUACAUAUAUGUACAUAGUAUUGUUGGCUUAUUUUGACCUUCAGCUUCUGUAAGCUAAAAACAAAAAUUUUACGCGUCUGCUACAAAAUGAUUUUUUGGGGUGUGGACAGCCAUUCUAGAGAGGAAAAAAAAAUACCAAAAAAACAAAAACAAAAGUAAGAUCUAAUUUUCUGUGCCUUAAAACAAAAUACCAAAUACCCACAGUCUUAAAUCUCAAGUGAUUGUAGCUCGGUGGAGUAAGCCGGAAGGGGGAAGUCACAAGGGACAAAAAUGGCUGCCGCAAGUGUGAGAGAGGCAUUAUAGCACUUCGGCUGUUUUGAUGUGAAAAGGGACACUAUAAUCUAUGCUAGUGUUGUUACACAAUCUCUGGGUCCAUACUGAGAGAGGAUAGGACCCGGGUGUCACUUACAAGGGUAUCUAGGCUGUGAUCCAGCAGACCAGUUGGUCUGGUGGUAUAGCGAAAGAAAGUUAAAAUACAAAAGCCAGAGAAGACAUGAGGUUUGAGAACAUCUUCAGUGUACUGUGCUGAACGCAAACAGAUAGUACUGUCGAACCUAUGAAAAGUUAAUCUUUUUUGGGAAUAGAACAAGCCAACCAUGUUUGAUUAUUAACAUGGGCAAAUUUGGGGAAAGCAGUUUGUGGUUAAAUGCUAUCCCCGCCUAGGGGACGAUAAUAUGGUAUCAAAUACCAAGCAUGUUUAAAACAUCAUAGUUUGUAGCCAUAACUUUAUACCCUUCCUAAUAUCAUAUUUUGCCUUGUGACCUCAUAAAAUGGCCCAUUUUCCCUUUUAAAUUUGUCUUUGAGGGACUUGUACUCUUUGGCACCACAAUGACAGUUUAUUAUCAACCCGAUUUGUUACAGAUUACAAUGUGUAAAAAAUAAAAAAUAAAAAUAAACCCUAAAAGUCUCAUAAUGAAAAUGUUUAACUCAUUAAAUGCCAGAGGUGAGCAGUUGUCUAUUUAAUAACUGCUCUACCCCCUAGUACCUAAAGAGUUAAAUUAAAGUGCAGUAUAUAUAAAUAUAUAUAAUUUUUUACCAAUGUGCAUGUAUUAUACAUAUAUAUACAGAGAUAUAUAUAUCACAAAUGAGGUAGCCAAAGUUGUUUACCAAUUGUUUUGUUUCUGAAAAAAGGCAAAAAAAAUUUAAAAAACUAAAAAAAAAAAAAAUGACAAAGUUUAACUAGAGCGGUCUAAUGUAUUAAUUGUAAAUUAGUUACAAGUAGUUCCUUAAAAUGGCGGCUAAAAAAGAAAAAAACCAAAGUGGUGCUAUAAUUAACUUUUGAACCAUUCCUUAUAUUUUAACCUCUGUAUAACUUCUGAUCCAAUAACACUUUUUUUUUUGAGAAUAAAACUUUGAAAACUCUGCAUUGUUGGCUAAAACGAGUUCUAUGUGAAUAUUUAAUAAACAAAAAUAUGGCUGCUUAGAAGUGCG